AUGACAACUGAUGUUGAAACCGAGUGGCAGCUGUUCAAGGGAGGCCUACCCGAGGCUGCAUCCGAAUGCUGCGGAUAUAAACGGGUUGGCGUGCUGCCUGGAGGUCAGCAAAGAUCUUCAUGGUGGACACGAGAGGUACAACUGGCAGUUAAAGAGAAGAAGGCUAAAUUUAACAAAUCGCUUGGAAACAAGGAGCCUUCGACUUGCGUGUGA